UGUGUAGCCAUAGUUUCCAGUGUCUUUUCAAUUUUCAGCUUUUGAUGAGUUUUUAAGACUUAAUGAAAACUAAUGCUUUAUUUCUUUAUUUCAGACCUAAUUGAAGAGAAUGUGGGGAGUAAAGAGGAGGAACAUCAUGUCAAAAUUGAGGAAAAAACUCAUUUACAGACUGAUGGUAUUUUGAAAAGGAGAGAGAAGAAUCACUUCACCUGCACUCAGUGUGGAAAGAGUUUUGAAAGAAAAGGCAAUCUUAAGAUUCACAUGAUGAACCACACUGGAGAGAAACCAUUCACAUGCACUCAAUGUGGGAAGAGUUUCAGCCACUCAUCACACCUUAAUCUACACAUCAGGAUCCACACUGGAGAGAAACCAUUCACAUGCACUCGGUGUGGGAAGAGUUUCAGCCAGUCAUCACACCUUAAUCAACACGUGAACAUCCACACUGGAGAGAAACCAUUUACAUGCACUCAGUGUGGGAAGAGUUUCCUCCGCUCAUCAUCCCUUUAUCUACAUUUGAUGACCCACACUGGAGAGAAACCAUUCACAUGCAAUCAGUGUGGAAAGCGUUUCAGCCAGUCCUCAAACCUUAAUAAACAUAUGAUGAUCCACAGCGGAGAGAAACCAUUCACAUGCACUCAGUGUGGGAAGCGUUUCAUCCGCUCAUCACACCUUAAUCAACACAUGAGGAUACACACUGGAGAGAAACCAUUCACAUGCACUCAGUGUAGGAAGAGUUUUAACUGCUCAUCACACCUUAAAGAACACAUUAGGGUCCACACUGGGGAGAAACCAUUCACAUGCACUCAGUGUGGGAAGAGUUUCAGCCAAUCAUCAUCCCUUAAUCUACACAUGAGGAUCCACACUGGAGAGAAACCAUUCACUUGCACUUAAGAUGCAGACACACUGGACUUUUCUUCCCAUAGACUUUCAUUCAUGCGCACACGAAUGCGUCAGACCGGAAACGCAAGUUCAUGCAUCAAGUUUCGCAGUUCACUGCAUUGCAAAGUUCAAGCUUGGUGAACUCUGACCUGCGAAAUUGCAUCACUUGACUGUGUGAGACCAAUCAAAGAUCAAAACAUGAUCUCUCUGGACAGCAAUUUAAAUUAUGGACCAAUCACUCAGUUUUUAUUGUCUAAUCAUCUUGUUUAAUCCCGCCCCUUUUCGCAGCGCCGUACAACAGAAUUUCGCUUGCUCAAACUAGUGUGACCGCAGCUUCGGUGUGGGAUGAGUUUUAGCAACUCCUCAGACCUUAAUAAACACAUGAAGACCCACACUGGAGAGAAACCAUUCACAUGUACUCAGUGUGGGAAGAGUUUCAACUGAUCAGCAAACCUUAAUGAACACAUGAAGAUCCACACUGGUGUGAAGUGUGAGAAGACUUUUAUUACAGCUACAAAACUGAAACCGCACCAGAUGAUUCACACUGGAGAGAAACCGUACAGAUCUGAUCAGUGUCUACAGAGUUUCGCUCAUUCGGCGCAGCUUAAGAAAUACAUGGACAAAAAGUUGCACACAUGACAUGAAUGCAGCAAAACAUUUUCUCAUGUGCACAGGAUGUUUCAUGUCUGAAUAAUGUUUGAAAAGGCUUAGUGAUGGUAUACUGUUUUUCAACACUCAUACACUGCAGUAGGUGGGGUUGUAAAUGUGUUGCGCUCCUCGCGUUUACUGUAAACACAAUGAUGGCGGCUGAGAGAAGAACAGUUUCAUAAACAUCUGGCAAACAGCACCUCUGCGGCUUAAAAUCUCUUUGCAAGUGAUUGUACAGGUGCAGAUACGUAUGUACUCUACUCUCCAGUGUAUUCAUGUAGCUAGUGUUGUUUUGGAUGAUAUUCUCUGUCUGACUCCCUCAAGUUUAGAAAGCCCAUUUAAUUGCCCUGUCUUGCAUAUUUUAUUAGUAAAGUUUCUUUACUUUUAGGUUCAAGAUUCUUUCUACUUUACUACAUUUACUUUUUUGAGUAGAAUACAAACUUGAUGAAUAUUUUAUGAUUAAGGCAGAGCGACAGUUAUUAAGUUUUACAAUAUUAAUACACUGUGAUGAUCCCAAGACUCCAGAUUGGAGUAUGUGGUAAAUCUUGAUUGGAUGCCUGCAUUACUCCUCAAUGGGUAUAUAAAAGUUGUUGUGCUAGUGAAGGAUAGCAUUUUUUAUUGUUAGGCUUUGUUAACAUUUACUAAUAAAUACAGACAUAAAUGGGGUUUCUUUUUCUGAGGAGUUAAAUGCCAUAUGUGCAUAAGAGAUGAGUUGAUGGGCUGCUCUCAGCAACCUGCCUGUUAUCGAGCAUGGGUGUAUGUAAAAUGCAGAGAGCUCUAAAAUGUAUGAACUGUGUGUUCGUGCUCUGAAACAUUUGCCUAGUCGACGGUCAAGGCCAACUGUCAAGACAAGAUACCAGAAAGAGGAACAUUUGGUUGCUAAAUGGUCCAACUGCCAAGAUGACAUCAUAUAAGUCAAUAAUGUUGAGAUCAGAUAGUGUGUGAAAGACAUUAUAAAACAUGAAGGAGAGCCCAAAAGAGACCAGAGCUGAAUUGAAAUUACAUCUCUCCUGCGCAGAACUGGUACUCUCUAACUUCUUGCAUUCAAAAUAAAACUUCU